GGAACGAAGAGGGGUCCCGGAGCGAAGAGGCCGUCGGAAGCGAAGAGGUGGCCCUGAGUGAAGAGGUGGCCCGGAGCGAGGAAAUGGCGGCAGCCGGGCUCAGCGUGACCGUCACCCACAGCAAUGAGAAGCACGAUCUUCAAGUUAUCCCGCAAGAGGGUUGUAGUGAACCAAUUGUCCAAGACCUGGCCCAGGUUGUUGAAGAGGCCACAGGGGUCCCGCUGCCUUUUCAGAAACUCAUAUUUAAGGGAAAAUCUCUGAAGGAAAUGGAGACGCCAUUGUCAGCACUUGGAAUACAAAAUGGUUGCCGGGUCAUGUUAAUUGGGAAAAAGAACAGUCCAGAGGAAGAAGCUGAACUAAAGAAGUUGAAAGAUUUGGAGAAGUCUGUGGAGAAGAUAGCUGACCAACUGGAAGAGUUGAGAAAAGAGCUUACUGGAAUCCAGCAGGGUUUUCUGGCCAAGGAUUUGCAAGCUGAAGCUCUCUGCAAGCUCAACAGGAGAGUAAAAGCCAUAAUCGAGCAGUUUAUGAAGAUCUUGGAAGAGAUUGACACACUAGUUCUGCCAGAAAAUUUCAAAGACAGUCGAAUGAAAAGGAAGGGUUUGGUGAAAAAGAUUCAGGCGUUCCUAGCUGCCUGUGAUACAGUGGAGCAGAGCAUCUGCCAGGAGACGGAGCGACUGCAGUCCACAAACUUGGCCCUGGCUGACUGAGGAUCACAGCAGACAAGGAUGAGGCCACCUCCUCAGGAACCGUAAUGUACCCUUCAGGAACCCUGGCCCAGUCCAGACCCCCUGCUGAGCUCUGCCCACCCACCCAGUGUACAGUGCGGGGGAGGUCCCAGGGCUCCCUGGGCAUAUCCUUCUACAGCUUUUCCCUCUGUACACCCUCCCCCGGGCGGUUUCAGCUUCCUGGGCUUUCAACCACCUCUGCAUGCUCUUGGCCGCAAAUCUGUCUCUGGCCUGGACCUCUGUCUUAGACUCCAGGCCUGUUCACAUGAUUGUCCAUUGUACAUCGCCGCUGGGAUGUCCCAGAGGUUCCACUGUCCAGGAACAUCAUCGCCCCACAAACCUGCCACACACACCCUGCCCCCCGCCACAUGGCACCACCAGCCACCCAAGCCUACAAGUUAGAAACCAGCUUGUUGCUCUUGCUUCCUUCCUGCCUGUCAACCCCUCGCAUCCAAUCUCACAGCUUGUCGAUUCUACGCCCAAUGUAACCCUAAGUCUUUAAUUAUCAUGAUCGUUUUCCAAGUUAGGACAGUGUCCAUCUGUCUAGAGUAUUGCAGCUUCCAAAGACUUUCUUCUCUUCUGUGUUCUCACUUAGCUCUGGCCGGCUCAAGGUCUUGUGAAUGAAGAAAUGAGACCAAAUAGGAGAUCCGAUGUACCAAGGUCAUGUUCUGGCCCUGCUCGCUCUAGACUCAUUUCUUGCCUCUCCCCAAUUCUCCUUUAAAUGAGAAUGUACUCCAGCAUACCCACCUUCUUAUAUUUCCUCAAAUAUAAACUUUUUUUCCUUUCUA